CCAUCCGUCCUUGAAUUGCCUCUCUACCACAUGGAAUUAUUGCCCUCCUAAUCGAAGGACCACAACACUGGUUCUUUUUAGAUCCUUCUCUGCGUCCAGAUCAUCGUUGUCCACCAAAGCAAGAACUUGGGCUUGGGCUACUCCCAACUCCCAAUUUUAAGACAGGAAAGGUGCAUCCUCUGCUGCAACUAGCCACAGAAUUGCAGCAAAGCUAGGCCAUGAAGAAGACCGUGGUUCUGUACCCCGGGCUCUCCGUCAGCCACUUCGUCCCCAUGCUGCAGCUCGCCGACGCCCUCCUGAACGAAGGCUACGCCGUCAAGGUGGCCCACAUCGACCCCGCCCUGAAAGGGGACAUCGCCAUGGCCGCCGUCAUCGGCCGCGCCGCCGCCUCCAGGCCGUCCGUCACCUUCUACGAGCUCCCACGGAUCCAGGACCCUCCCACCGUCCUCCACGACGCCAAGUUCCUCGCCACGUACUCCGACCUCCUAGGCCGCCACAACGAGCGCUUCCACGACUUCCUCCGCUCGCUGCCUCCCGGCAGCGUCCACGCGCUGGUCCUGGACGUCCUGGCCGCCGAGGCGUUGGGCGUCGCCCAGGAGCUUGGGAUCCCGGCCUACUCCUUCGUCCCCACCAACGCCUCCGCCUUCGCCAUUUUCUCCCAGCUCCCUUCGAUCCGCACGGAGGGCCAGCCGACCAUGAAGGAGCUCGGAGACACGCCUCUCGAUUUCCAUGGCGUCCCACCCAUGACGGCCUCUCACAUCCACACCGAAAGCCUCGAGGACCCGGAGAGUGAGAAGGUGCUGCUGGACAUGCUGGUCGCGACACAGCAACGAGCCAACGGCAUACUCGUGAACACGUUCCUGCCCCUGGAAGCUCGGGCGGUGGGCGCGCUCAGGGACCGGCGGUGUUUCCCCACGAUGCCUCCGGUCUACUGCGUCGGCCCAUUCAUCGCGGAGGCCGGUCUGGCAGGGGAAAAGCAUGAGUGCCUCGCGUGGCUGGACAAGCAGCCGGAGCGCAGCGUGGUGUACCUCUGCUUCGGCAGCGUCGGUGCCGGCAACCACUCGGAGGAGCAGCUCAAGGAGAUCGCCGCCGGCCUGGAGAAGUCGGGCCACCGGUUCCUGUGGGUGGUGCGGGCGCCUCCCCACGACGAUCCGAAGAGGCCGUUCGACCCGCGCGCCGACCCGGACCUCGACGCGAUCCUGCCGGCGGGGUUCCUGGAGAGGACCCGCGGCCGCGGCCUCGUCGUCAAGCUGUGGGCGCCGCAGGUGGCGGUGCUCCAGCACAGGGCGACGGGCGCGUUCGUGACGCACUGCGGCUGGAACUCGGUGCUCGAGGGGAUCACGGCGGGUGUGCCGAUGCUUUGCUGGCCGCUGUACGCGGAGCAGAAGAUGAACAAGGUGUUCAUGGUGGAGGAGUACGGGGUCGGCGUGGAGGUGCUCGGGUGGCAGCAGGGGGUGGUGAAGGCCGGAGAGCUGGAGGCCAAGGUCAGGCUGGUGAUGGAGGGCGAGGAAGGCGAGCUGCUCAGGGCACGGGUCGCCGAGCACAGGGAAGCCGCGGCCAUGGCCAUGAAGGAUGGUGGCUCGUCGCGGGCGGCGUUUCGCCAGUUCCUGUCAGACGUAGGCAAACUCAGGCUGAGGUCAACACGCUGAUGAAUCGUUGGCGACGUGAUUAUUAUUACAUGAAUUAUGUGCCACGCUCUUUGAACGGUGGAAAUAAGCUAUCGAGUGCAUACUUGGAAUUUUCUUCAUACUCUCUCUCCGUUCAAAUUAUAAGUCAUUUCAUUAAAUUUUUAUAGAAACACAAAAAAUCUAUGAUUUGGGAUGGAGUACAUCAUAUGCCUUGUUAGUAUCUUAUAAGCUCUCAACUCGCUAGUACAACAAUGUAAUAAUAAUGUAUUAGAUCGUGUGCAUCACACAAUGUAAAGAACGAAAUAAUGUGUCAUUUUUGUGAA